CCGCUUGCUCACCAACGUUCAGCGCUUCAGCUUUCUACACCAACCCGCCCAAGUUCACAACCCAUCUUCUCCGAAGCUUACCGCCAAUGGAAAUCUGCGUUUGAUGGUUCUGAAUUUAACUUCAUAACCUAAUUCAUGGUGACGCUAUUGAGGAAAAUGUGGGAAUCUGUAUCGAACCGUUCGAGUUCGGGUUCAAAUUCCAACUCGCCGGAACGCUUUCGCUGCGUGGAUUCACCUCUGGGUGCAUUCGAGAAAGUUCCUUUCGAUCUAUUGAUCCAAAUCCUGAGGCUUCUGGGUCCCAAAGAAGCUGCGAAAUUGAGUCUUGUUUGCAAAGCAUGGAGGUCGCUGGCCUCUGAUAACCGGCUGUGGAUUUAUUUCCUUCAGAAUUUCCAAUUGGAACCAUGGGAUUCCAUUUUUUUCGCCGAGACCAGUUUGAGGUCCGGUCAUCCUCUUCCAACCUUAGUUUGUCAGAUGCCUCAGUUAUCUUUCAAGCGUAUAUAUGGCCAACGAGAACAAGUUCCUGGUGCUCUUAUCAUCGAUGGUGGUUCUGGCUAUUGCAAAUUUGGUUGGAGCAAAUAUGACCGACCAUCUGGGCGAUCGGCUACCUUUCUGGAAUUUGGUAACCUUGAGUUGCCAAUGUACACUAGACUUAGACAUUUUUUUGCAACCAUUUAUAGCAGGAUGCAGGUUAAACCAAGUACUCAACCCGUCAUUGUUUCUAUUCCAAUAUGCCAUUAUGAUGAUACAGAAUCUUCCAAAGCAUCAAGACGGCAGCUUAAGGAGGCAAUAUGUGCUUCCCUCUUUGACAUGAAUGUUCCCGCUAUUUGUGCUGUCAACCAGGCCACUUUGGCUCUGUAUGCCGCAAAACAAACUUCUGGAAUAGCUGUUAAUGUUGGUUUUCAGGUCACAUCUAUAGUCCCAAUUAUGAAUGGUAAAGUUAUGCGCAAGGUGGGUGUGGAAGUUGUGGGACUUGGAGCAAUCAAACUUACAGGUUUCCUUAGGGAGCUGAUGCAACGGAACAACAUUAAUUUUGAAUCUUUGUACACCGUUCGCACACUAAAAGAGAAGCUGUGCUAUGUAGCUAUUGAUUAUGAAGCUGAACUAUCAAAAGAUACACAAGCAUCGUUUGAAGCAGCAGGGGAAGGAUUGUUUACACUUUCAAAAGAGCGGUUUCAAACAGGAGAGAUCCUGUUCCAGCCCCGUCUUGCUGGACUGCAAGCAAUGGGUUUGCACCAGGCUGUAGCUCUUUGUAUGGACCAUUGCCAUUCUGCAGAAUUAGCAGGUGACCCUGAUUGGUUUAAGACUGUGGUUUUAUCAGGGGGAACAGCAUGCUUACCAGGUCUGGCAGAAAGGUUAGAUAAGGAACUCCAUGAGUUAUUACCUCCCCAGUUGUCCAGUGGAAUCAAAGUCAUUCCUCCUCCAUAUGGUGCUGAUACUGCAUGGUUCGGAGCAAGGACUAUUGGCAAUUUGAGUACCUUUCCUGGUCCUUGGUGUAUAAAGAAGAAGCACUUCCAUAAGUCUCGACUCAAUCUCAUAUGGUGAAUGCUUUCUGAUUCCCCGGAAUCAAUCAAUCCAUACGGCGAACACUUUGUUCUAAACUUGCUCUUCUUGUGAGUUUAAAUCAUUAUAGAUGCAGCAUCAACUGAAGGGAUUAGGACGUCUUCCUUCCUUUGGGGUAGGAUUAUGAAAGGAGCGAAUUUAUAUUCAAUAUAUGGAAAAAAAAAUAAAUGUAUUUAUUUAUUGAUAAAAAAUAUGUCAUUCUUGGGGGGGAUAUAACUUAAAUCUUGACAUUAUUUGUUAGAAACCUUUGAAAUAUCUGUAUUUUCUUGUGUAGAAUAAUCUGUAUUUUCUUGUGUAGAAUAAUCUAUUCAAUUGAGGAGUAAAUUGAUAGGUGAGGGAUUUGAUGUAUCUUGAAUGAUGCAGUGAGUAUAGUAAUUUAAUGUUGAAGCCCGUGACAGUUGAGACGGCUUGUUUGGUA